AUGGCUCCCUCGUUCGUAACCAUCGACACAACGCCUGAUUUCGACAUGGCACCCGCCCCCUCCUUCCAGCCCAUGUCGACCGGCAGCCCCUCCAAGCGCACUCUCCUCCUCGCGCCCCCCUCCAUCGCCACCCAAGAAGAGAAGCUUCGGGACCUCUUCACUGCCUUUGACCGCUCCACAACCGAUCUGCAGAUGCUUGACCGCAUAUCUGCCGGCUUCGUCUCCCUGCCCGCCAACACCUACGAUCACAUUCUUGUCCUAACCGAUACCGAUGGCACGCGGCGGUCGGAGGCCCUCCACCUGCUCACGCGGGAUGUCUACACCGCGUUGGUUCCCUGCAUGAAGGCCGGAGCGAAGCUACAGACUCAGGAUAACUUUUUCGGAGAGGCUGAGGAGCGCGAGGCGGUCCUGGCGGGUCUGAUCAAGACCGAUGCCGGAUUUGAGAAGAUGGAUCAACCCAAGUCGUUCGCAAUUCCUCUGCGACGCAAUGGGAAGAAGAAGGAUGCUGCGAAGACAGAGACAUUUGCUCCUGCUCCUGCUCCUGCCCCGCCCGUGCAGCCUGUCACCGUGGGCAUGAUUAAUAAUGACGACGAUUACGAGAACGAUGAUGAUCUGAUUGACGAGGAUACACUGCUGUCGGAUGAGGAUCUGAAGAGACCUAUUCAACCUCCCGAAUGCCAGCCCAAGCCCGGCCGCCGGCGUCGCGCCUGCAAGGACUGCACGUGCGGACUCGCAGCACGACUCGAGGCAGAGGAGCAAGCAGAGCGAGAGAAGGCAGACAAGGCUCUGAACGUGAUGAAGCUGGAGACGGAGGACUUGAACGAGCUGGACUUUACCGUGCAAGGCAAGACAGGCUCGUGUGGAAACUGCGCCCUGGGUGAUGCCUUCCGGUGCGCGGGCUGUCCGUUCAUCGGACUGCCGGCAUUCAAGCCGGGCCAGGAGGUGCAGAUCCUGGAAAAUGUUGCGCAGUUGUGA